AUGGGGAUACAAGCUCUCCACAAAGAUUUUGAGGAAGCCAUAGCCACGGUCACGAAACUAAGCAAGGAUACCUCUUUAUCAGCCACGAUGAGGGACUCUCUUGACAUAUGCGUAGAGUCUUAUGAAGCUGGAAUCACUGACCUCAAUGAUGCUUUGACUGCAAUUUCCACUCACGACACGGACAGACUGACUCAAAUGCUUGGUGCCAUAGCUUCAUAUCCUGAAACGUGUCAGGACGCCUUUCUUGAGCAAGGUGAAGAAUCGCCAUUGAAGGACGUUGAUCAGAAAUUGGAUAUGCUGGCUAGCAUCACCGUGGACAUAACUAUAUUGCUCCCAGGAGUCAAAAUAAUAGAGUAA